GACUGUUGUAUUAAUCAAACAGGUAUCUAUAUUACAACGUGAUCUUGAAUUAACUGAAACGUUUCAUUACAAUUUAUUAACAUGAAGAUCGAGGAAGUAAAGAGCACUGCUAAGACUCAGAGAAUUUCAGCUCACACCCAUAUCAAGGGCCUUGGCCUCGACGAAAAUGGAGUGGCGAUACAGGCUGCAGCAGGCCUCGUUGGUCAAGAAAUGGCUCGAGAGGCUGCUGGAGUAGUGGUCGACAUGAUAAAGUCCAAGAAGAUGGCUGGCAGAGCUGUGCUGUUAGCCGGUCCACCAGGCACAGGCAAGACUGCAAUUGCGCUUGCCAUCGCUCAGGAAUUAGGCAACAAAGUACCCUUCUGCCCCAUGGUAGGCUCGGAAGUCUACAGUUCAGAAAUAAAGAAGACCGAAGUCCUCAUGGAGAACUUCAGACGAGCCAUUGGUCUGAGAAUCAAAGAGACUAAAGAAGUGUACGAAGGAGAGGUGACGGAAUUGACUCCGGUUGAGACUGAGAAUCCAAUGGGUGGAUAUGGAAAGACGGUGUCUCAUGUUGUCAUCGGUCUUAAGACUGCUAAGGGCACGAAGCAGCUGAAGUUAGAUCCUGCCAUAUACGAGUCUCUGCAAAAGGAAAAGGUGGAGACUGGAGAUGUGAUCUACAUAGAAGCGAACAAUGGUGCUGUGAAACGGCAGGGCAGAAGCGAUAACUUUGCUACAGAGUUUGAUCUGGAAGCAGAGGAGUACGUCCCUUUGCCUAAGGGUGAUGUGCAUAAGAAGAAGGAAGUGAUCCAGGAUGUAACGUUACAUGAUUUGGAUGUUGCGAAUGCCAAGCCACAGGGUGGUCAAGAUAUCAUGUCCAUGAUGGGUCAGUUAAUGAAACCUAAGAAGACAGAAAUUACAGAUAAGUUGCGCAAGGAAAUAAACAAAGUAGUAAAUAAGUACAUCGACCAAGGAAUCGCAGAGUUGGUACCAGGAGUUUUGUUUAUAGACGAAGUGCAUAUGUUGGACAUUGAAACAUUCACCUAUCUUCAUCGUGCAUUGGAAAGUGCAAUUGCUCCCAUAGUUAUUUUUGCUACGAAUAGAGGACGUUGUGUGAUUAGGGGAACAGAAGACAUUGCCUCUCCUCAUGGAAUACCCCUGGAUCUUUUGGACAGAUUACUUAUCAUACGGACACUUCCAUACUCGAGAACAGAAAUAGAACAAAUAAUUAAAUUGAGAGCUGUUACGGAAGGAUUGCAAAUCGAAGACGAAGCUUUGGCUACCCUUGGCGAACUAGGAACAAAAACAACCCUUAGAUACGUUGUACAGCUCUUAACUCCUGCUGCAUUAACAGCGAAGAUAAACGAGAGAACAAUUGUUAAAAAGGAAGACGUGAAGGAAGUAGGAUCACUUUUCUUGGAUGCCAAGUCGUCUGCUAAAAUUCUUACGCAGAAUAAAGAUAAGUUCAUGAAAUAGACACAUUUGAUUGAUUGUUACUUAGAAAAGUAUGUAUCAAUUCCUGUAUAAUUUAAACAUCGAGCCAUGUAUUAUAUACCCUUGGUUUAGUUUAAGUUUGAUAAAUAAAAUGAUAUUUUUAUGAACUGUAAA